AUGGUCGAUUUGCAGGUGCUGUGCGCCCUUGCUCUUGUUGCCGUAGCUGCGGCGGCGCCCCAAGAACAACCCCACCAGAACCCUGUCUACAUCCUGAAGCAGGAUUCAGACGUCAGCCCCGAUGGCUACACCUUUGAUUUCCAGACCAGCGACGGCACGGCGCGCCAGGAGCAGGGCACCUUGAAGCAGAUCAGCGAAGACCACAAGGCCCUGGAAGUGAAGGGGAGCUACCAGUACGUGGCACCGGACGGAGUCGUGUACGCAGUCACGUUCACCGCCGACGAGCACGGCUUCCAGCCCCAAGAGCACGUGGUGCAGCAAGACCAAGGCCAACAGCAACAACAA